GUACUUUAGAGAUACCCCUUCACCUUACCUAAUACCUCCCACACAACCGCAGCCAUGGCGGAAACAUUUGAAUUCCAGGCUGAGAUCUCUCAACUCCUCUCCCUCAUCAUCAACACUGUCUACUCCAACAAAGAGAUCUUCCUGCGAGAGUUGAUCUCAAACGCAUCUGAUGCACUAGACAAGAUCCGAUAUGAGGCCCUCUCGGACCCAAGCAAAUUGGAUUCGGGCAAGGACCUCAGAAUCGACAUCAUCCCCGACAAAGAGAACAAGACCCUCACCAUCCGGGAUACCGGUAUUGGCAUGACCAAAGCUGAUUUGGUCAACAACCUCGGAACGAUUGCCCGAUCUGGCACCAAACAAUUCAUGGAGGCCUUGUCUGCCGGUGCUGAUAUCUCCAUGAUUGGUCAAUUCGGUGUCGGUUUCUACUCUGCCUAUUUGGUUGCCGACAAGGUCACUGUUGUCUCGAAACACAACGAUGACGAACAAUACAUCUGGGAGUCCAGCGCAGGCGGUACCUUCGUUAUCAAGCAAGAUACCGAGGGCGAGCCACUUGGCCGCGGAACCAAGCUGAUCCUGCACCUCAAGGAUGAGCAACUCGACUACUUGAACGAGUCCAAGAUCAAGGAAGUCGUCAAGAAGCACUCCGAGUUCAUCUCCUACCCCAUCUACCUCCACGUGAAGAAGGAGACCGAGAAGGAGGUCCCUGACGAGGAGGCCGAAGAGGUCGAGGAAGACGGCGAGAAGAAGACCAAGGUCGAAGAAGCCGAAGACGAAGGCGAAGAGAAGAAGAAGAAGACCAAGAAGGUCAAGGAGAUCAAGGAAGAAGAAGAAGAACUCAACAAGACGAAGCCGAUCUGGACUCGCAACCCAUCAGAGAUCACCCAAGAGGAGUACGCUGCCUUCUACAAGUCGCUGUCCAACGACUGGGAGGAUCACCUUGCCGUCAAGCACUUCUCGGUUGAGGGUCAGCUAGAGUUCCGCGCCAUCCUCUUCGUGCCCAAGCGCGCUCCAUUCGAUCUCUUCGAGACCAAGAAGACCAAGAACAAUAUCAAGCUGUACGUCCGACGUGUCUUCAUCACUGACGAUGCUACCGACUUGAUCCCUGAGUGGCUUGGCUUCAUCAAGGGUGUGGUCGACUCUGAGGAUCUGCCUCUCAACCUGUCUCGUGAGACCCUUCAACAGAACAAGAUCAUGAAGGUCAUCAAGAAGAACAUUGUCAAGAAGUGCCUCGAGCUCUUCAAUGAGAUUGCUGAGGACCGUGAGCUCUUCGACAAGUUCUACUCUGCCUUCAGCAAGAACAUCAAGCUUGGUAUCCACGAGGAUGCUCAGAACCGCCAGGCUCUGGCCAAGCUGCUCCGCUUCCAUUCCACCAAGUCUGGUGAGGACACCACCUCCCUUACCGACUACAUCACCCGCAUGCAGGAGCACCAGAAGCAAAUCUACUACAUCACCGGCGAGUCCCUGAAGGCUGUCCAGAAGUCUCCUUUCCUUGACGCUCUCAAGGAGAAGAACUUCGAGGUCUUGUUCUUGGUUGAUCCCAUUGACGAGUAUGCCAUGACUCAGCUCAAGGAGUUUGAUGGCAAGAAACUUGUCGACAUCACCAAGGACUUCGAGCUUGAGGAGACCGAUGAGGAGAAGAAGGAGCGUGAAAAGGAAGAAAAGGAGUUCGAAGGUCUUGCCAAGAGCCUGAAGAACAUCCUCGGCGACAAAGUGGAGAAGGUCGUCGUCUCCCACAAGCUCAUCGGCUCCCCAUGCGCCAUCCGCACUGGCCAAUUCGGCUGGUCCGCUAACAUGGAGCGUAUCAUGAAGGCCCAGGCUCUCCGUGACACUUCCAUGUCCUCUUACAUGUCGUCCAAGAAGACCUUUGAGAUCUCUCCCAAGUCUCCUAUCAUCCGUGAGCUGAAGAAGAAGGUUGAGGCUGAUGGCGAGAACGACCGCACUGUCAAGUCCAUCACCCAGCUGCUCUUCGAGACGUCGCUGUUGGUGUCUGGCUUCACCAUUGACGAGCCUGCCAGCUUCGCUGAGCGCAUUCACAAGCUGGUUUCUCUCGGCUUGAACAUCGAUGAGGAUACUGAGACUCAGGAGGAGAAGACCGAGACCGAGGCCCCUGCCGCUGAGGCUACCACUGGCGAGACUGCCAUGGAGGAAGUCGACUAG